AUGCGCAUGCAGCUUCCCCCGUCAUUCCCGUAUUUCACACAAGUAGAUCUUGUGGCUGACCCGUUUGAGAUGGUUUUCUUCUACGCCUAUCGCCCGCUAUGGCUCUGCGCGAGAGCGAUCCAAUUUGUGCACAAUGAAGAGGUUCCUCCCGAUCGACCUCCGUUCCAUAUAUGGAUACAGUUGGUCGAGGAAUUGCAACAAUGGUAUCGAGAGCGACCACGGGAGUUUGAGCCCAUGCUGGAAAUAGAGAUGGAUGAUCAGUUAGCUGGGCCAGAAAGAAGUUUCCCCGUUAUUCUCUUUGCCAACGGAGCGAGCUUGUUCGGCAACCAGUUAUACCAUACGGCCAUGUUGAUCUUGUUACACAAUCGACCUCGCACUGCACGCAUCGCCGACUUCCGCUCCGUUGCCAUGUCACCACUGUGGCAUACGCAGCGGAUAUGCAGUAUUGCUCUCCACAAUGAUCGUCGGGAGUGCUGGGAUCCAUGUCUAUUGGCAUCCUUUCUGCUGGCAGCUCGUCGGAUGACACAUGAGUCACAACAACACGAGGUUGUGCGUGGGUUAGAACGCAUUCAUACUGUGACAGGGUGGAACGUGAAAAACUGCUUGCAUAGCCUGCGAGUCGAGUGGUGCCUUCUUGAUGAGACAUAG